GGACUAUUGAUGCGGCAUUGAUUAGUAAAAUCGGAUCAGAUAGAUUCCCACGCCAUGGGUUCAAGAGCAAAAUAUUUCCUCUGCUGUGGGACCAAGCAUUCGAAGCGGUCUAAGAGUGGAUGUGCACCAUACAUCGUAGAUGACGAUAAACUUGAUGAGAAAACGGGAAAGAAAAAGGGCCUUGCGAAGCAGGCAAACAUUGACCUUGAAAAGCAGAAUGAUGCACCCGGGAUCAAAGAUGAAUCCCAGGUCAAGUCCGCAAGGCCAUUUGGAGCGCCGUUACGCGGGAAGUCGCUCUUUUUAGACAAGAUCAACAAACGGGUGUUAAACCCGAGCUUCUCCGAAAUCGACGUGAGUACGCCCGAGGUAUGCGUGUCGCUUCUGCGGAUACCCUCCGUGAAGACGCUCUCGGCAAUGCGGAAGAAGAUCUCCGAGGGCGGGGAGGACUGGCUGAAGAGGUUCCUUGAAGCUGGCGGGAUCGAGGUGCUGUUGGAGUUGGUUGAUACCAUGGGGACACGCCGGGUCACGAAUUUGUCGGACGCCAUGUUGAUGCUGGAGUGUGUGGCUUGCAUCAGGGCGGUCAUGAACUCGAAACAGGGAUUGGAUUACGUAAUCACCAAUCGUGAAAUUACGAGGAAAUUAGUGUCGGCUUUGGACACGGACAAUGUGCUGGUGAAGAAGCAAGUGUUUGAGUUAUUGUCCGCGCUGUGUGUUUACUCUUCAGAGGGGUAUAAACUGGCACUGGAGUCGUUGGAAAGUUAUAAAGUUUCUAAGAAGCAGCGCUACCGCUUUAGCCUGAUCGUACAUGAGAUGAAACAUGCCGAAUUGUUGCCGUACAGGGCGACUCUACUGGCCCUCAUCAAUUGCAUCAUUGUGGGGACGGAGGAGCUAGAAGAGAGAGUGCGACUGAGGAACGAAUUCAUUGCGCUCGACAUUCUCGACGUCCUCUCACUCAUCCGCGAGAGCAGCGAGAACGGCGAGGAAGAAUUCGACCUCCAGUAUGAAGUGUUCUUCGAUGAGAAGCAGAUUGAUGAUGAUGCCGUUGGCGAGAAACAGAAGGACACGGUAGUGGACAUCUACAGCCACAAAGCUAUCUUCGAUGCGAUAUAUCAAAAUGUGCUCAACAAACCGCUGGAGACAGUGUUCCUCUCUGUUCUACAAACUCUCUUCCAAAUAGACACAGACGGCGAUAAAAGUGAAGACAUAUGGAAGUUUGUGGAUACCAUCCUCCGCCGAUCUAAACUUACAGAAACAAAGGAAGACCGAGAUCUGUUAUCUGAGAAACUCGCCAAAAUCACCAAGGAAGGUUUAAGAGGACUGGGUGAAAAGAACUCACAAACGGACUUAACGGCAAUAGGUAAUGAACUGUUUACAAAGUGUACGAAAUGUGAGAAACUACAAGAGGAAAUUGUGACGUUGAGGUCCAGGGCUGUUUCUGCGUCGGCCUUGAUAGGGAUGACACCGCCUUCCACACCCCCGGGUUCAGGACCAGCGUCUGUGCCCCCUCCUCCGCCACUACCGCCUGGAGUCGCCGGUUGUCCCCCUCCUGCUCCACCACCACCUGCAAUCGGAGGCGGACCACCUUUACCUCAGGCUCCACCUCCACCAGCGAUUGGAGGUGGUCCACCUCCACCGCCACCACUUCCAGGAAUAGGAGGAGGUCCUCCGCCGCCUCCACCUCCACCAGCGAUUGGAGGAGGUUCCCCUCCACCACCACCACUUCCAGGAAUAGGAGGAGGUCCUCCGCCGCCGCCACCACCACCUGGGAUUGGAGGUGGUCCUCCUCCGCCACCACCUCUGUCCGGGGUAGGAGGUCCACCCGGUCCGCCACCACCGCCUGGGGCAUUCCAGGCACGAGCUGCACCAAUGAACAGAAAAAUGUCGGCCAUUCUUACUCCGAAACCGAGUAUGAAGAUGAAAGUCAUCAGCUGGUCAAAAGUUCCUGCUCAUAAGAUAGCUGCGGCGAAGAACAGUGUUUGGAAGAUCGUCAAUGAGAUCCCUGACCCAGUAACGCCACCUUACGAGACGAUAGAGAAACUUUUCUGCCAAAAUGUGCCGCAGCCAAAGGAAGCUAAGAAUCCGUCAGUAAAGAAAGCACCAACGCAGGUGAACCUUCUUGACGCAAAGCGCAGUAUGAAUGUUAACAUCUUCCUGAAGCAGCUGAAGGACACGAAUGAAAACAUAGUCAACAUGAUCAAGUCUGGUGACGAGACGAAGAUAGACGUUGACCGGUUGAAGCAAAUGUACAAGUUACUUCCAGAAUCUGAUGAGGUCGAACUCCUCAAAAACUACGAUGGCGACAAAGAGAAACUUGGCACCGCGGAGAAGUUUUUCGUGGCGCUGAUUGGCUUACCGGGGUAUAAAAUGCGGCUGGACGGGCUCAUGCUAAAAUUCGACUUCCAGGCAACGAUGGAGACCCAGAAGCCGAAUAUUGACGCCAUCAUCGAGGCGUCAAAGGGAAUACUCGUGAAUAGAUCUAUGCAGGAGUUCUUGAGAUUCGUUCUUCACACGGGGAACUUCAUUAACAGCGGCGGCUAUGCCGGAGACUGCGUUGGGUUCCGGUUCAGUUCGUUGGUGAAGCUGGCGGAGACUAGGUCCAACAAGCCUCGAAUGAAUCUCCUUCACUUCCUUGUUGAUGAAGCGGAAAGAGGCAAGAAAGACAUCUUGUCGUUCGCAACUGAUUUGAAGCAGCCACUCAACGCGGCGGCAAAACUUUCGACCGACAACAUCAAAUCAGAACUGAAGCAAGUGAAGACCACACUUUCUAAACUUGAAGACCAGGUGAAGAAUGCACAGGAUGAUAUCAAAGAACAAUUAACGCAAUUCUUGCAGGGUGCUAGGGUCGAGAUGGAAAAGGUAGAGGAAAGGUUAGAGGAAAUAGAAGAACUCAAGGGAAAGUUAGCCAAACAUCUGUGCGAGCAAGAGUCCUCCUUCAGACUUGAGGAGUGCAUUCAGACAUUCAACUCCUUUGUUGACAAGGUCGUGAUUUGUCAGAAAGAAAACGAACAACGGCGGAUUCAGGAAGAAAAGGCUGCGCUUAGAAAGAAACAGCAGGAAGAGACGCGGAGGGCGAAAAGUGUGGACCUUGGGAUCAGUGAUGGAUCAUCUGACAAUAUCGUGGAUAAUCUGCUCCGAGAUAUCAAGCGAGGCAAACGCGUUAGUAGAAAGAAGGCGUUCAAGGCAGCCGGAGAUAUCCUCGAGGGUGGAUUUUGAGAGACCUGAGGCCCGCGCGGAAUGCAUAGGUCGGGAUUAUGUAUUAAUUAUAAACGAAAGAGACCGGUGUGAAAGUGAAUUUAGUCUUUCCAACAGAAUAGUCCUAUCCUAUCGCUCGAUGACGGCCUCAUUGCUGAAUAGAAGGCCACGGUCUUCCAAUAAAAUAGUUACAUGUAUAUUGCAAAAUUAUAUUGGCAUUGGAAUGUAGAACACAUUGUGGUUGUGGAUUAUUUUACACGACAAAAAAACGGAAUUUUAUUAAAUAAAGGGUCGGUUUAGAGAGGGCCAUUCCAAGUGAUGUAUUGCCGUUCUUUAUUACGUUUCGCGCCGAAGUACAUGUAUAUAUUACAGGAAGAAAGCUACGGCGGCUAAUUUCGCAGUCCAGCAUGCUAUAUUUUUGGAAAAGAAUAGUGUUUAUAAUUAUUAUACUAUUUUGAAUUGCAUACAUGCAUUUGUUCUAAGUGCACUGAUGACAUCUGAACAUCUUCACAAUGGCAAACGAAAUAUCCGUAUGGGCAUUAUCCAUAUGGAAAAGUUUCCUUCCCAUAUAUUAGCGCCUCCGGAUGUGCACGGUACAGGCGACACGCCGAUCAUGUCUAAUGGUCGUGACGUCAGGUUUAGGCUUGGCCUCAUCAUUUAAUGCUCAUGGAGCAGUUUUAUAUUGUAAUAAAUGAAACUGUCUCAAACCGGUGAAGCAUACAUGUAGAGUGCAUGUACGCAAGGGUAUCGGAUAUUAAACGAGCUUCAAAUAUACAA